ACUAAGUUUCGUCUUUCGUUUAUUUUUGAUAAUUUUUUACAUUUUACCGAAAUUACGCGCCCCUCGUAUUCCUCGUUAGUGUAUUUCAUGAGACCAUUUCCGGCACCGCCAGCUAGUGCAGUCCAUCGUUAUCCAAACCCCGACCGGCAAGCGUGGGGGGUCAUAUAUUUAUCAAGCAGUUGUUCCUUGGCACUGGAUUUGCCUUGCAUAUUUGGACGCCAACAAAAUAGGCAGCGAAACGACUUUUGCGCGCGUCUUUGGAUCCCCGGAUUCAACGACGUACUCAAUUUUCCACAAUCCCUGGACAUUUUCAGCACAAAAUGGGUCCGAUUGGUACAACGCUUUACCCCAGUCAAGUUAUGAACGUUGUUAAGGAUUUGAUCAUCUGCGUUCAGGGUGGAAAGUCUUCCGAACUUCAGGGAGACAUUAUGGCUCGUGCUGCUUGCUUCUUAUCCGAUCCUUCAAAUCCUCCAGUGCCGUUCAACGAACGCGAUUGUGUCCAGAAGAUACUAAGGAUUCUGCGGUCCCGUGAGGCAGGACACAACAACGCAGCCAGUCUUUUUUCCAUACAUUACAAUAAGCUUCUUUUGCUGAAAAUCAAUCCCCAGCUUCGUCACUCACUGAUGAGCCAUCUUCUCUCCUUGGCAGACAAGUCAUUGCAGCCAGAGCCAGAACCCAUUUAUUCUUCGGAGAUGACACUCUCAGGUGGUGGUGGCGAUUACCUCUCUCGACUACCCAGUUCUCACAGUCGCAGCUCGUCGUGUCAUAAUGGCUUCAGCCAAGAAUUGGCGAGUACAACUUUGAGUCGGGCACCCGCGGAGAGUUGCAUAGACACACACACGAAAAAGAAGGAUGUUCAUCGUAUGAGUAUGUCGCUGAGUGCCCUUUACUCCUUCAUUGGCAUCCAGGGGAAACAUUUAAAGAAGGACAUCAUCACCGGCUACUUCAAACUGGACCCAAUGAACACCAAGGCGCUGACCAAAGCAGAGACCAGCAUGCUCCUUCGACUGUCUGAGCUGGGCUACUAUUAUGAUCGUGUGGCCAAGGUUGCGGACCCGACAACCGGAUACAAUCCCAUUGGAAUCAUGGGCCAAGCCCUCAUAUGCAAGCUCCGGACAGAACUGGUUGGCUUCCGAGGCGAGGUCACUGUGCUCGUCGACCAGUUGAAUGUCUUAGAGUCAUCGUCCCAGGACAAUGUUGCGCCUAGUGCCGAUAAAAAGAAGCUGAUGGGGCUGCUUAGCUGGUAUGUGAAGCCCCUGCAGCGCAUGCAGUGGCUGGCUAAAGUCGCCGACAAGUGCCAGAUGAUGAAGGGUGGCGAGCUGGCCUCCACCUUGUACAAUAUGCUGGACAAUGGGAAUCCGAUGGUGAACGAUUUGGUCCGCGAUCUCCUCGCUGCUAUCUGUGUACCACUUGGUGGCAUGAUCUCGAAGUGGAUGCUUGAAGGUGGCGUAACCGAUCUCCACGGCGAGUUCUUCGUGGAAAUUCUUCAUGACGUUGGCGCGGAUCGCCUUUGGCACGACAAGUUUCGUCUGCGCAAAUCAAUGCUGCCCAAGUUCGUGCCUUUGGAUCUGGCCGAUAGAAUUCUUAAGACCGGCAAGAGCAUCAACUUUCUGAGGGAGGUGUGCGAGAUGAACGAUCUGGGCGCGAACCGAGACAGACUCAAAGAUGCCAUGGACAGAAAUACUAGCCAAAUAUUUUCGUACGUGCAAGACACUACUUGGCAUGCCGCUGUGGAAAUGUGCUACGCACAGACCUCCAAGCAUGUCCUGGACAUCAUGGUGGGUCCGCAUAAGCUGCUAGAUCACCUGUACGGAAUGCGUCGGUAUCUGUUGCUGGGACAAGGUGACUUUGUCAGCAUCCUCAUUCAGCACAUGAAAGACGAACUGGAGCGCAAGGGCACUGAUAUCUACGCUCACGAUCUAUCUGCCAUGUUGGAUGCCGCCCUGCGCUGUGAGAAUGCCCACCAUGAAGAUCCCGAGAUACUUAACCAUUUGGAUGUAGUUUUGCAACCGCCAUUUCCCGGGGACUGCGGCUGGGACAUCAUCUCGUUGCAGUACACUGUACAUGGACCACUGGCCACUAUGCUGGAACCAACGAUGCCCAUAUACAAGACGAUCUUUAAGCCGUUGUGGCGCCUGAAGCACAUUGAAUUUGUGCUCUCCAUGAAGAUAUGGAAGACGCAGAUGUGCAACGCCAAGAAGCUACGUUUGUUAAACCCAGUGAUUGGCAGGACGACACACCGGUUGCAUUUAUUCACCUCUGAGAUCAUGCACUUCAUCCACCAGAUGCAGUAUUACAUUCUCUUUGAGGUGAUUGAAUGCAACUGGGUGGAGCUGAAGAAAAAAAUGAUCGCUGCCACGGCACUUGACGAGAUCCUGGAAGCCCACGAAAAGUUUUUGGCUGAUAUAACGGUGGGAUGCUUUAAUGGACAGAAUACGGACAAGGAAAAGUAUCUGGAAACGGUCUUUGAGAAUAUUAUAGCGCUAGAGACGUGGCAAUCUCGCUUCUACCGCCACAGCUUUAGGGAGCUAAAUGCUCGCGAGGACCUAGAAAAAAUGGUGGCGGAGUCGGAGAAGAAGGGGCGAUUCGGUAUCACCGCCGAACGGAAGUUGCAGCGCGACCAGGAGAGCAAACUGUUUGAGCAACGGGUACUUUUGUCUAGACGCACCCUGGAGGACAUUGCUGGCACUUACGAGAAGGCCGUGAGCGGCUUUCUGCUGACCCUCAACUCCCACGUAAAUCCCAAUCUUCAGCUCUUUGGCACGCGGCUGGACUUUAAUGAAUACUAUAAAAAGCGUGACACUAAUCUUCUCAAGCCUCUAACGUUCGAGCACAUGAGACAAAGCAAUCUCUUUUUGUUGAACUGCAGCAACCGCCUUCUGAUCCAUCCAAUCAAGGAAUAGCAUCGCAUGAUCGACUCAACCUAACCUUUUUGAUCAAUUGUCUCUAGGAGUUUAAUAACGUUAUAGGUCUCCAAUGCCAUCUCAAAGAUAUCUCAAAUAUCUCCCAAUCCAUAAAGUUAUAAUUUUUUUCGAAUAGAUUUAAGGGAGAACCCAAGUAUUAAAACGCACAUUUAUUUUCAACAAACAAAAGUGUCGUUAAAGCUUAGCUAGCAACUGUUGUUAAUACUCGUUUUUCCCCGAAGUGCGCUGGUCAAUUGCCAAAAAAUUUAAUAAAAGACAAAACCUAAAAUAA